AUGUCAAUACCAAAGAUUAGUGAAGUUAAAGAUUUAACUAGAAUUGAAAGAAUUGGUGCACAUUCACAUAUUAGAGGUUUAGGUAUUGAUGAUUCUUUGGAACCGAGAGAGGUUUCACAAGGUAUGGUUGGACAAGUUAAUGCAAGAAAAGCAGCAGGUUUAAUAUUACAAAUGAUUAAAGAAGGUAAAAUUGCUGGUAGAGCCAUUUUAAUUGGUGGUGAACCAGGUACUGGUAAAACUGCAAUUGCAAUGGGUAUUGCACAAUCAUUAGGUAAAAACACUCCAUUUACAGCUAUAGCAGCAAGUGAAAUAUUUUCUUUGGAAAUGAGCAAAACAGAAGCAUUGACACAAGCAUUCCGUAGAUCUAUUGGUGUUAGAAUUAAAGAAGAAACUGAAAUUAUUCAAGGUGAAGUUGUUGAUAUUCAAAUUGAUCGUCCAGCAACUGGUAGUGGCGCAAAAGUUGGUAAACUCACAUUAAAAACCACAUCAAUGGAUGCACUUUAUGAUUUAGGUAGCAAAAUGAUAGAUUCAUUAACCAAAGAAAAAGUUCAAAAUGGUGAUAUCAUUCGUAUCGAUAAAGGAACCGGCAAAAUUACCAAGCUUGGUAGAUCACUUUCAAGAUUAAGAGAUCACGAAGUCAGUGGCAGCAAAGUUAACUUUAUCGAGUGCCCAGAAGGAGAAAUUCAAAAAAGAAAAACUGAAGUUCAUACUGUUUCACUUCAUGAAAUCGAUGUUAUCAAUAGUCGUGCUCAAGGUUUCUUUGCACUCUUUGCUGGUGAUAUUGGUGAAAUUAAAUCUGAAGUACGUGAACAAAUUAAUCAAAAAGUAGCUGAAUGGAAAGAAGAAGGUAAAGCUGAAAUUGUACCAGGUGUUUUAUUCAUCGAUGAAGUUCACAUGUUGGAUAUCGAAUGUUUCUCUUUCUUAAAUCGUGCCCUUGAAGACGAUAUGUCCCCAAUUCUCAUUAUGGCAACCAACCGUGGCAAUACAACUAUUCGUGGAACUGAUUAUAAAGCCCCACAUGGUAUUCCUUUAGAUUUACUCGAUCGUCUUUUAAUCAUCAACACCCAACCAUACACCGAAAAAGAUAUUUAUAAAAUCCUCAAAAUUCGUUGCGAAGAAGAAGAUGUCGAUAUUCAAGAAGAUGCUUUACAAUUACUCACUAAAAUUGGUGUUGAAACUUCACUUCGUUAUGCAAUUCAUCUCAUCACCUCCUCUUCACUUGUCUCUGUCAAAAGAAAAGGUACCGAUGUUUCUGUUGAUGAUAUUAAAAAAGUUUAUGAUUUAUUUGUCGACGUUAAAAGAUCAGUUAAAUAUUUAAAGGAUUAUCAAGACGAAUUUUUAUAUAACAGCAAUAUGGAAACUAAUUAA